AUGACGGCUCCUAAGACGCCGCCGCGCAUGCUGGACAGAAUACGCAACGAAAUCAGCCCCGUAAUGAUUCAGGAGUUCAGCUACACGAGCCCUAUGCAGGUUCCGCGACUGAGCAAGGUUACGCUGAACAUUGGACUGGGCGAAGCGCUGACGAACGCGCGCGCGAUUGAGAACGCAACUCGCGACCUGACCGCGAUAACCGGGCAGAAACCUGUCACGACCCGCGCGAAGAAGUCCAUCGCGGGCUUCAAGAUUCGUGAGGGGAUGCCCAUAGGCGUAAGCGUAACUCUACGCGGACGACGAAUGUAUGAGUUCGUUGACAGGUUGUUAAGCUCGUCCUUGCCGAGAAUUCGCGACUUCCAGGGCGUGUCGCGAAAUGCUUUCGACGGUAGGGGCAACUACUCUCUGGGCAUACGAGAGCAGGUGAUAUUCCCUGAAAUUGACUACGACUCAAUCGACCGCAUACGCGGGCUUCAGAUUGUCAUCGUUACAACUGCGCCCUCAGACCCCGAGGGGCUUCGAUUACUUGAACUGAUGGGAAUGCCCUUCGUGCGGUCCGACUCGCAGCAGAGGGUGGCUUAA